CAAUUUCAUUUAUUUUACACAAACAGUAUCGAUAUUUGAAAAUAGAAAAACUGAAAAAUGUUAAAUAUUACAAAGAAUUUUUUGCGCAUCUAUCCUAAACCAAUUUUGGGUCAGAAUUACGUUAUUCGCCACUAUAAAGGUGGUGUGCCGGGAUGUAAUUUGCCAUUUAAGUUGGACAAACCAUAUCGAUUUACGGUGUUUUAUUUGGUGGCCGGUGUCAUUGGUUUUGGUGCCCCAUGGUUGGUGGUCAUGCAUCAAAUGCUGAGACCUUAUGAUUAUGAAUAAAUGAAUUAUCUAAAUGAUACUUUAAUACACGGUUUAAUAUAAAAAACGAACGACUGAUUUAAAAUCAAA